CAGACACACACACAAACACCCUCACACACACUUAUGCACAUUCACACACACGCACUCAGAUUACAGGGCUCAGGGUUCAAUGAUUAACCAGGAAGAGAGAAGGAGAGAGCAAAAGAAAGCGCAACAGACGGAGAAGCAGAAGGAAGACAGAUAGAUAGAUAGAGAUACAUGACUGCCUGGUGCUCAGUCCUGGUGUUGACUCACUUUCCAGUCCUGUGCUCUGCUGACACUCCGCAUGGAGGAAAGCAGUGCCUUCGACCGGACCGUCCGGCUGAGUGACGGCACGCGCAUGCCCCUCUUAGGCCUGGGAACCUGGAAGACCACCACUGCAGAGGUGUUGCAGGGUGCAGUUGAGGCCGCGAUUGCCGCUGGUUACCGCCACAUAGAUACAGCUUACAGCUACCGCAAUGAAGUGGAGCUGGGGCGCGCCCUGCAGUCCAAGAUGAAGCAGGGCAUCAUUCGCCGGCAGGACAUGUUCAUCGUGAGCAAGUUGUGGUGUACGCACCAUGCCCCCUCGGAUGUGCCACUGUGUCUCAGCAAGUCCCUGAAAGACCUGCAGCUGGAGCAGCUGGAUCUGUACCUCAUACACUUUCCUGUGGCACUGCAGAAAGUAGAGGAUGAGCUCUUUCCCAUGAAAGACGGUAAAAUUCUCAGCACAGACAUUGACUACGUGGAUGUGUGGAGGGAGAUGGAGGCUCUGCAGGCCUCAGGUCGGGUGAAGAGUAUUGGUGUUUCCAAUUUCAACAUUCCUCAGCUUGAGAGGCUGCUGUCUGUGGCCAAGGUUCCUCCUGCGGUCAACCAGGUGGAGCUGCACCCCUACCUGGUUCAGUCAGAGCUGAUUCAGUUUUGUCGGGAAAGGAACAUUGCCCUCACUGCCUACAGCCCUUUCGGUUCCCCAGGAAGACCCCCGGAGCUCCAUCGUGGGGCCACUGACCCGGAGAAGCUGCUGGAGGAUCCCGUUGUUCAGACUGUGGCCAAGAAGCACAGACGGAGCCCCGCGCAGGUCCUGUUGCGGUAUCACGUACAGCAGGGUAUUGCAGUUAUCCCCAAGAGUGUUAAACCCAACCACAUCCUGGAGAACACCAAGAUCUUUGACUUCUCUCUGGAUGAGGAGGACUUCAGGGCGCUGCGAGGACUGAACCGAGGAUGGAAGGCCUGCGUCCUUGACUCGCUGAAAUCUCACCCCUACUACCCCUUCCCGUGAGAGUGUGCAGAAAGCUGGAAGUGUGGCACCUGGGAGAAGGAGCGAGGCAGAAAAAGGUGCUAGACCUAAGAACACAUCCCUUCUGAUGUAACAGAGAACAGGGAAUAACCUUCCUUCCAUCAUCAGCAUCACCACCGUUUUCUUCCCCACGAUCGUGUUCAUUAAUAUGUCUGACCCUGAAAAACUUACCAUGAACACUUCAAUAAA